AGAGCAAAUUAUGGUUUGGGGUUGUUUAUUCAAUCCUUUAAAUUGUUGCAUAAUAUGUUAGUUGCAUACAGAUGAUAAAUAUUGUGUCUUGAUGAACAUUUCACACACAAAAAAAGAAGGCAAAAAAGAUCAUGCAAGCGAAGUGGUUAUCUUGGGCUUUAUGCGAGGUCAACUGACCACUGAACAGGUGGGUGUGUCCAUUUUAUUCAAGUUUACUUACUGUACCAAUUCAGCUAAUAUUAAUGACACUACAAUCACUAUAGGUAGCUAUUUCCUCACGGCCAACUUCAAGCUAUUAAGGUUUAAAAUUAUUGCUAUUGUCAUGGAACCAUAUUACUCAUGUAAUGGUUAACUGCCUUGUGAGUGAACUGUUAAACGAUUAUCGCUUAAGAUUCAACGGGUUACUGACAUUACGAUAGAUUUACCGUUCAUGUUGUUGUUUUUUUUGUUUCGUUUUUUACAAAACUGGCAUUCAGAAACAACUGUCAUGACUCCUUCUAGGAAUAGCGUAAAUGUAUAUGUACAUCUACAACGGAUGGCAGCCAUUUUAAUAACUGGGUUGGUAUGGUUUGCCCAGCUGCCGUAGCUUUAGCCAGUAAAAUGGCCUCAAACUCAAAGAGAGUCGUAGCCCUUUCCGGAAAAAAUUUCAUAACAUGGAACUGAUAAUCGGAUAUAAACCGGGUUGACGAUCGACAACUUUUGUACAAAAUAUUACAUGUACACGUAUUUUAUCAACCCAGCAAGAGGGCUAACUAGCUUGUUAAGCUAGCUCCACAGCGAGUACAGCAGUUUGCGCUACCCGGAAAUAUAUCCAUGGCCGGAAAGGACCUAUGUUAAGUGAGCACACGUCACUCACUUUUACCCCAAAAUUAUCACGGACCGUCCAAAACAUUUUAGCCGGCAAAAACAUAACCAACUCACCACUGUAAAAUAGGAUUGUUUCUGUCAAAUGGCUAGGAAACGACUGCAACCUAAAAUACUCCUAAUUUCGGGGGAGAAUGGUGCCAGCGUUCACUCUGCUCAGCAUCAGUGAAAAUGGCUCCGGCUAACGAGUGGAAAACAGCACGCAGAAAUGGAAGCGAAUGGUAGCUGGCUAGAUGGUUGGAAGGCGUGACAGGCCUCAUCCAUCUGGCUGUGAUCUCAAACUGGACGUUUAGGAUUGGCCGACUACAUUAAUGUGAGAGGCAAUCCAAAAAUGCGAUUGUGAAACUAGAUUUAUCUCCCUCCUCCACUUGCAGGAGAAUCCCCAGCCCAUUGUGACUGAUUGACAUCUGUCAAAAAAGUUAGAGGGCGACAGUAUAUUUUCUUCCUAGAACUGAGUGGUGGAAGUUUCCUUGGAAGGAUGAAAAGAAAUGGAUGAGAACGAACCACCUGGUAAAGACGACAGAACUGUUAGCUGAGGGGCGACCAAAUAAAGAUAUUUUGUGCCAUAAACCACCAACAUAACCGAACACUACAAAGCAGCCUAAACCUUCCCUUUACUACCCCACGAGACUAUGAAAGACUGUUAUUUAGUGUGAAGGACUAAUAUUUGAUAUCAACAGGGACCAAGCAACGAACAGAACGAUGAAACAGGACGUUUUUUAUCUCUAUUGAAAAGAACUCCGGGGACGGUUGCCUCAAGAAGAGGGACUUUUAUUUUGAAAAAACACACAUUUUCUCAUACACCUGCCCCCUCUCCUCUUGGAUGGAGAGUGGGGGCAGUGGGCGGUCGGGAGGAAGCAGCAGCAGCAGUAGAAGCGCACGAUCUGGGGGGACCAACAGCAGCGUUAUCGGGAGAAGUUCGGAUUCGGGUCGAGGCGACUCCGGCGGCUCCAGAGGAAGUGGCGGCAUCACUUCCUCCCUCGGCCGAAGCGCGUCCGUCAGCAGCGGCGGGAUCAUCGUCGCCGCCCCUGGUGCCGGAGGUGUGGCCCCAGCACCCCCGUGUGCCAGCGAGUGGGAGAUGUUCCAAUUCGGAAAAUACAACCUAGACAUUAUAGAGAUGUUAAGUGGACACCAGGCCCAUCAGUUCAAAGGCCUCGGUUUAGAACGUCAGUUACAGCAUCAGCAGCAAGUGCAGCUUCACCAGCAUCAGCUACAACAGCAGCAACAGCAGCAGGCUGAGUCCUCCGGGGCCUUACUGUCUGGGCUCGGCCUGGGGCCCCUCCAGGGGUCGAGAAGCAACGCCUUUUCAGAUUCCACCUCCAUUUUUGCCAAGAUGAGUGCUCCCCCACCCCCACCCCUCCAGCAACAGCCCUCCUCCUCUCAGAGCUCGCGCUCCAAGUCCAGUAAGAUGAGCAGCAGCAGCAGCUCAAACCACGUUCCAGGCUACCCACAAUUCCUUCGCUCUUUCCACCCCAGUGACGCUGCCCUGGCACAGGAGCAGCUGCACCCAGGGGUCGGACGAUUCGAGCACUUUGCCGGAGGAAGCAGCAGUGGGGGGAGUGCCGGAGGGCUGGGAGGACUCGUCACGUCUGCCCCCCCUCCGCCCCCACCUCUGCAUCCUGGCCUUUCGGUCCCUCAAGCCUCCCCUGGUCCUUCCUCCUCUUCCCCUUCCCCCUCCAGCUCUGUGGCAGCCUCUAAUAACCCCCCUAGCAGCAGUGCAGUCACCUCACUGGGACACCAGCUGGUCGGAGCCCAGUCUGAUGCACGAAGCCUUCACCAGCAGUUUAGCUGCAUGCUAGCUGCUAAUCAGUACUUCCUCUCUGGGGUGCCUGCUAAUUCUAGCUUAGAGCAGUUCCUUGUACAGCAGGGAACCCACAACCACCUGGGGAUUGGUUUAGGUCAGGCAGGUGGGGAGUCUAGCUCUGGUCUUGCUCCCCCUCCCGCUUUGCAUUCCUCUCACUCGCAUGGCCACUCCACGCCGCAGCAACAGCAGCAGCAACCCCCACAGCAACAGCAGUUACCACCCCACACCUUAUCUCACCCACACUCCCACUCUCACCCUCACCACCCCCUCCACCCUGGCUCACAACCCUCUUUGGGUGGCUUUGACUUCCAGGGCAUCCCCGUCCUGUCGUCCAAUCAGAUAGCUUCGUUGAUGCAACAGGAAACAGGUUUGCCCCUCCCUCUGCCGCUGCAUCUGUCCCUGUCCAAGGAUGACGGCAAAGGGGACAGCAGUGGAGGAGGAAGCAGUAGUAGUAGGAGGAAGAAAGCGAUGGCUGGCUAUCUGCCUCAGAGGAAAUCUGACAGUGGCAAUAACAGCAGCAGCAGCCACGGUCACGGCAGCCAUAGCGGCAACGCCAACGCUAGCAGUAGCGCAGGAGGGCUUAGCCACGAUCAGUCCCAAGGGAUGAUAGGCAGUGGGGUUGGUGGGGUUGUUAUGACGGGUAUGGGGGGUGACCCAUCUUCCCUCCUCAACUCCUCAUCUUCUUCAUCCUCAUCAGUUGUGUCGUCAUCUUCCUCCUCUGCCCCCGCCUCGGCUGCAGCCUCGGUGUUAGUAACUAACGGUGCUCACCUUUCUAAACCUGAUAACCAGGGCUCAAUGCCACCUGCGUCCACACAGCCUGAUCCAGAGGCCCUCUAUCACUGUGGAGAGUGUGGGAAAACGUUCACUCACCUCUCCAGCCUUCGCAGGCAUCUGCGUAUGCAUGAGUCAACUGCAGCAGGUACUAGCAAUAACGCCAACAUUGCCCCAAACCCAACUCAUAUCAAAACCCAAUCUGACCCAAGCCUCCCCCAUUCCACCCAGGAUAACUCUCAGUCCUCUUCCAAUUCAGCCCAAGCAUCAUCUUCCUGCCCCAGCCCUGACAAGACCUUCCACUGCUCCGAUUGUGGAAAAGGCUUCAAGAAAAAAGGGCACCUCCUCCAACAUGGCGUCAUCCAUUCUGAAGCUCGACCGUAUGGCUGUUCCAUCUGUUCCCGGGCAUUCAACCGCAGAGAGUCACUCACGCGCCACGAGAAGAUUCAUGAGGAGAAGCCCUUCCGAUGCCCCGCCUGCGGUCGCUGCUUCCGUGAGAGCACAUCCCUUCUCAACCAUGCCGCCUCUGGGACAUGCGGCAAGCCAGGUAGGGGACCCAAACAACGGGACAUCAAGACGGGAGCUGAUGGGGAGGGAAGGAUGGGGGAAGAGGGCGGAGGAGGGAGUGGAGGAGUUGGGGGUUACCAAAGUGGUAGGGGUCUGAUUUAUGGGAAAACUGAGGAAGAGGAGGGUGUGAUUAUGGUAGGCGAAGGGGAUCAGAAGUCAGGCUUGGGGUGUGAUGGUCUUUAUCAGUCGGGGAGGGGAGGGAAUGCUAACAGCAGAGACAGAGCAGAUGGUAAAUACCCUACUGACUACUCUCGGAAUCGUUACACAGGCUACCAUGAUGACCACCGCUCUCAAGGUAACCCAUCUCCAUGUUACUCUGGAGCCUCCCCUUGUGGGAGUGGGAUGGCGGGACCGGCGCUGAGGAAGGCGCCAUUGGCCCCUACGCUGCACCCCCACCCUCAGAAUCAAAACCAACCACACCACCAUCAGCAGCAGCAACAGCAGCCCCAUCUGCCCCUGUCUUCCCUCCUCGACGACUCGGAGGACGAUGUCACUAGCUCUGUCAACAAUGCCAUCUCCGCCAUAGCAGCAGCGGCAGCCAACUGUGAUCUCAACAACAGUGGGAACCGUGGGGAUGAUAGAAGGGAUAUCAUCGGGGGCUUACUGGGGGGGCUGGGCCUCGGCCCCCUGGGGUCCCCCUCCUCCACUUCUGGAAUGGAUAAGAACUAUAGGGGAGGGGGGAAUCAAGAGGGAAUGAGUGGUAACAUGACCCAUAACCAAGGUAAUAAUCCACAAAACCCUGCUGUCAAACCAAAACGACCCAGAAAGCCCAGGGCCAAGAAAGAGCCAGGCACCGACGGGCUGCCCCCCAAGCGGAGACAGUACACCCCCAGGGCCCCCGGGCCGGGUGGCAUCCCACGCCCAUAUCUGUGCAGUGUCUGUGGCCGAGGGUUCGCACGCCGCGAAACCCUACGUAGGCACGACCGCAUCCACACUGGGGAGAAGCCCCACCACUGCACUGUCUGUGGGAAGUACUUCAGAGAGGCCUUCCAUCUCAGCAAGCAUCAAACUGUCCACUCCGGGGCCAAGAACUACAAGUGCAGCCUCUGUGGGAAAGAAUUCGGCUACUCGCAGAGUCUCAAGAGGCAUGGGAAGCUUCACCAGAAGGGGGAAGUGGAGGAGGUACCCACUACACCAGGUGGGGAGAACCUUAACAGCUUUAACACAAAUCCUGCAUGUGGCAUGAGCCAAGACAGGAAUCAGAACCAAGGUAACACAUCCUCCUAUUACUCAUAUCCCCAGGAUGUCAAACCUCAAGGCUCCAACACCCAGCCUCCACCCAGGCUCUACACCUGCGCGAUAUGCUGGAAGUCUUUCCGCCAUCACUUCCACCUGACCGCCCAUCACCAGACGGUCCAUGAGAGCGGAGGUGAGAAGCUGUUCUGCUGUGAGGUGUGUGGGAAGGCGUUUGCCUACUCCAACAGCCUCACUCGACACCGGCUCUCUCAGCACGGGCUGACACGCUCUGGCCAGUCCGGCGCGCAGGAGGUUGGCAGUGGGGGGAAUAGCGUUGGUGGUGGCGGCGGCGGCGUCGGAGGGUCUGGUUCAGAAAGUGAGGCUGCCACCAACACCCUGCUGCAGAUGGCUCCUCCCACUGAGGGUCACGGAGGACAGCAGAGUCACAGCGUCGUCACCCACAGUCACUCCCACCCGCCAGCUGGCUACUCCCCCCUGUUCUACGAUGCGGCUGCAGCUCAUUCCUCCACCUCCAACGUCCCUCCUUACUCCCAGCCCCUGCCCCCAAACUCCACAAUAAUGCCCCCCCAGCACCAGCAUUCCCCAGCAGGGGUGAAAGGGGAGCACAUUUAUCCAGCAGGACCCAGCAGUCACACUCUGCACACCACAGCUCCAUUCCAGCCCCUUACCGAGCUGCCAUCCACUGAACAUCAUCACCUUCAUCAUCACCAUCAUUCACACCACCAUCUCCACCACCAAUCAGAUCCUCAAUCUUGUCACCAUAGCCACCAGGGCAUCCAAUCACAAAACGAAGUAAGGAGGCACAAGAAGAAGAAAAGAAAGUCAGAGGGGAGAGAUGGGAGGGAGGGCAGAUGGGAAGAGUCCUCAGGUUUAGUCAGUGGUGAAGGGAAAAAAGAGAAGAGAAAGAGCUCUCAUUUGCAACGGCAGUUCAGAAACAAAAAACAAGCCUCUCUCCUCUUGAAGAUUAGACGAGGAGGGGAAGCGGGAGGGGGAGGCUACGAGCUCGUCACAACCCGAGGUAUGAAGAUACAGAUGCUGUCGUCUCUCAAAGUCCCAGUCAAAUGUUUCGCUUGCCCCUUCUGUCCCAAUGCCAUGUUUGCCCGCCAGGCAAGUCUGCUUGCCCACAGGGCGGCCAACCACCCACCAAGAGCGCUGGCACCCCAGGAGAGACUGAGGUGUCCUGUGUGUGGGAAGCAGUCUCGUAGGCCCCUGUCGGCCUUCAUCCAUAGGGCCUCCCAUCGAGCCGAGGGCUCCUUCUCUUGCCGUCGCUGCUCUGCUUGCUUCUGGAACGCCACACUCCUCCGCAGGCACAAGGUGUCCUGUCGCCGCAGGGCCAAGGGAUUGCCACGAGGGGGCGCUAUCAGUCUGAAGUUAUCCAAGAGAGCGUGGGAGAGGAAGAGCAGCGAGGUUCAGGGGGAAGUGUCGACCAUGCAGGGAGACUACAGAUACUAAGCCUUUUUUUUUUUCUUUUUUUUUUUUUGACAUCUUGUAUGGUGGCAUUUAAGAGGAAUAUUCCGUUAAUAAAUGGAGUGAAUGAUGAUCUUGGUUUAUUGGGGUUAAAGAGGGACUACAAAAGCCUUUAGUACAUGUGAUCAUUUAGGUUUGGACCUCAUUUACUCAAAAUUGACUUUUAGAACUACUGUAGAUCUACCUUACCUGAAAUUCUUCCUAACUAUAAUGGAGGAUGUUGUGAAGACAUGACUGUUUCCAUAGGAUCAUUAACCCUUAAGUGCAUUGACACUACGCUUGACUGACACUGUGCAGUUAUUAGACAAGUUUAGGUGAUUUGACCUGCUUAAGAAUCUCUCUCCUUGCCCGCUCACUAGGACCCCUGCUACACCCUUCGCUGUAUGAUAUUUGUCUCUGCUGUAUACUCUGUCCUGUGUGUGUUCACUUAGAGCCCUGUUGGGGAUUUUUUUAAAUGUAAAAAAAAAAAAAGUGCAUUUAUUAGGCGUAGGGAGAGGGGGCGGGGACUUUGGUUGGUAGAGUCAGUUCGCUGCAUGUGUGUUCUCUGGUAAGUUUGUCGCCGAGAUUGUGAAUUCACUGCUAUGUGAUGGUUUAUUCAGUAUAUCCCAAAAGGUCAUGCUUUUGAAUUUAAGUUAAAAUAUCGCUUAAAUUUCCCCUGUGAUUAAAUCACGUUAUGAAAUGUAAGCUUGAGAAGAACAUAAUUCAAAAGAUGUUACAAGGAGAUUUACUUCCCGCCAAAACAAAUUGACAAUGCCUUGCUUAUCAUGUCCAGUUAAUUUCCGUUUCAAAAACUUCGCUUUUUUAUACCAAGAGGUUGGAUUUGAAGACCGGUUGAAACAAGUGUACUGUAACAUAUUGUGUUUUCAUCACAGUUUAUUUCUUUCUCACAAAGUCCUAUAAGCUUUUAUUAUUAGUGCUUUAUACUGGUUUGAAGACUGGGAGGGUCAUUGUAGCAAAAGGAUAUGAUUAUAUAUCAAUUAAUGUGUGUGUGCGUGUGUGUGUGUGUGUAUAACCUAAUCUGUCUACCUGCCAAUCCCAUAUUUAGUCCUUAUAUGUUUUGGCUGAGUUGCAAUCAUGUUCAUACCCCUGUUAUGCCUUGUUUUUUUUCUUCUGAAGGAAAAAAAGAAAAAUAAUAGUUCUAAGUACAUUUCUAUCAAUUUAUUUACUUAUUAAAAGUAGUUGUUGAUUAUAUUUCAGCAUUGGAUAAACCUUAUGUGUUCUGCUUUUAGUUUUUUCUCCAUUUAUCAUUUUGAUUAAUGUUAGUUUUUAGAGCAGGAUGUGUCUUUGUAACUUAAACGUAGAUAUUGAUGAGUAAAAUGUUACUGUUACCAAAGUCAGUAUCACAGUUUCACAAGCUUUUAACUGUAGCUUGUUUCACAGUUAUAGUUCGUAAGCGCUGUUGACCUAAUGGAUUUCCGGAUGUAAAGAAUAUACCAAUAAAAUUUCAUCUUAGUA